CUUCCGUCGGCCCCGUCCAUCAUGAAAGGGGGAACACGCGACCAACGCUGGCGGAUGCGUGACGGUUCCAGCAGCAUGUUGGUGGCGUCAAUUUUUUUGUUUCGUAAAGCCGCAUUGGAUGGAGUGUUGAUCGAUUUUUUCUUCUAUUUUCUCUCUGUUUUGUUUGUUUUCUCUUUCACCGUCAAUAUAAUAUGCUCGAAAGAAUGAAUGGUGGCCCCGACGUCUCGACUCUCCCCUACCGAUCCUUCGACGCUGAAUCCUUCCGUGUCCGACGCAACGUUUUAUCGAGUUGCGUUCUCGGCGUUGCGGGUCCAGAAUUGAGACGGAAGGGCGCACGAAGAAAAGAAACGAUGACCAAGAAGGUCACCAUCACCAACGUCCUCGUCUUCGACGGGAAUCGGCUCUACCCACCCUGCUCGGUCGUCAUCGACGGAGGCGUUCUCGGAGAAAAACACGAGCACGAGGGCGACGACACUCGCGCAAGUUCGGAUGCAUCACCAAUCUCGGAGGUCAUCGAUGGAACAGGCCACACUUUGCUUCCCGGGUUGAUCGAUUGCCACGUCCGCAUCACAAAAGCAGACGAUCUCGACACCCUCGCGCGCCAUGGCAUCACUACGGCCCUCGACAUGGGUGCCGUACCCCGGGGGACAUCUCAGAGCAUCUCGGAAAUGGCGCGGGACCAGAAGAAAGCGACGACCUACCGCUCCUGCGGCGUGCCAGCCAUCGGAGCAGCAUCGGACAUUGCGCGCGGCAUGCUAGCAGCGGCACGUGCGAGCGAAGCCGAUUUCAUCAGCGACGAAGCAGGAGCAGGAGCAGGAGCAGGAGCAGGUGCAGGAGCAGGAGCAGGUGCAGGAGCAGAAGAAGCGACCAGCGUGGAGCGCCACGUCAAGGACCGCCUCGCCGACGGAGCGCACCACAUCACCGCCUACGGCGACCUCCCCGGCCCAUCGCAGGAGCAGCUCACCCGGCUAGCGUCCCUGGCCAGGGAAAACGGCAAGACGAGCAUAGCGCGAGCGACGCACUACGACGGCUACGUCCGUUGCCAAAGCGCGGGGUUCGACGUCCUGGCCCACGUCCCCGCCGACAGGACGCUCGCCCUCGACGCGGCGCAGAAGCUGGCGCGGCGGGGCGGGGCGGCGACGCCGACGCUCAGCAUGAUGGGCAGGAUGGAGGUCAUGAGCAGGCGGCUGCCGCAGCGCGGGGCGCGGCCGUGCGACUACCACCACGCGCGGGCGAGUGUGGCGGUCCUGCGCAAGGCGGGCGUCCCGAUCCUCGCCGGGUCGGAUUCGAACACGGCGCCGGCGUUGCGGCACCCCCAUGGCGAAAGCUUGUGGUUGGAGCUCGAGCUGCUGGUCGAUGCCGGGCUGACCCCCGUGGAGGCGCUGAGGGGGGCGACGGCGCUGGCGGCGCGGCAUUUCGGGCUGGCCGAUAGGGGCGAGAUUCGGCCCGGGCUGAGGGCCGAUUUGGUCUUGGUCGCGGGGAGCCCUUGUGAAAGGAUUGAGCAUAUUCGACGGGUGAGGAGGGUUUGGAGUCAGGGAGUUGAGAUUAAUAUCUCUACUGGGAAGGUCAAAUGACGAAACGAAGGAGAAGAUCUUGAAUGGUCGGGAUUAUGAUUAUUUCCCGGCUUGGAACGGAGGACAUGGCAUACAGGGAAUAUACGGAGGCAUUGUUUGGCGUUUUCCUCGACUUUGAUUUUCUUUGUUUGGCAUUUUAUUUCAUUUAUUUAUGAUAAUUCCCCUAAUCUCGGUAUGAUUCUCUCGGAUUAAUUAGAGGACGGACAGACAGACCAUUGGAAAGAAAGAAUGACAGGCUGACAGCCAAUAUCUGCAGAUCAGCGUACAAAAACACACAUGCAUUCACAGUUUCAACCCGGCAACAGAACGGAUAUUUCACACACAAAUCACAUGGCGGC